AUGGAUUUAGAUGAGAUCCUAGGCAACUUUGGUUUGGGCUCAUACCAAGUGACUGUAUGUACUUUAAUGGGGCUCGUGCUYAUGUAUUCAAAUAUAUCGCCACUUAGUUACGCCAUUACAGCAAGUGAUCUUAAAUACAGGUGCGAAAUUCCUAUAUGCGACGCCGACAACCCAUCGUAYAAUCCGGACUGGUUAAACCUGGCGAUACCUUUCAACGAAAAGUCUAAUGAGCAUUACAAAUGUCUCAUGUACCACCAUGUAUCACGGACUGUUAACAUGACAAAUAUAUCUGCUAAUAGCACGUCAUGUAAGCGAGAAUCAUUCAACGUCAAUUCUAAAAAGAAGUGCAACAAAUGGGUUUUUGGUGAAACGGAAAGGACAAUAGUGAACGAUUUUGGUAUAAUGUGUGAAGAAAACAAAUGGAAACUCAACAUGGUGGGAACUGUCAAUAGCAUUGGUCAGGUCAUUGGCAUUCCUUUAGCGGGAUAUAUUUCAGACAGGUCUGGACGCAAGUAUGUCUCAAUUAUAGGCUCAGUUGCAUCGGCCACACUYGGUACAUUAAAAUCCUUCUCUGCCAAUUACUAUUCAUUCCUAUUUUUCGAACUUUUUGAAUCUAUGGCAUCCAGUGGAGUGUACGCAGCCACCUUUGUAUUAGGUAUAGAACUAGUUAGUUUAAAAUCAAGAGCUGCUGUCAGUACUUUGAUGGGCUGUUUUUAUCCCAUGGGAGCAGUUAUAAUGGGUUUCAUAGCUUACAUGAUUCUUGAUUGGCGAAUAAUGCUUAGAAUAGUCAACUUACCCGGAUUAUUUAUAUUAGGAUAUAUUUGGUAUGUGCCAGAGUCCUUGAGAUUUCUUCAAACCAAAAACCGAAUUGAAGAAAUGGCCAUGGUUCUAACCAAAAUUGCUGAAUCUAAUGGCAAGACAUUACCAUCUUGCGUUCAAGAAGCACUAGUUGCCAACAAUUUAAGCAAUGCAACGAACUCGCUCAAAAAAGAAGAAAUUUCUAUUUGUAAAUUAUUGAAAAAAAUAUUUAAUUCAAAAGAUAUUUUGCUACGAGUAAUCAUUUGUUCGUUUUCUUGGAUGACAAUCACAUUAGUUUAUUACGGACUCUCGUUAACUUCAGUGGAGUUGUCUGGGAACAAAUACUUGAACUUUAUGCUUGUAAACGUUGUAGAGGUACCAGCAUUUUUAACAUCGUGGUACUUCAUGGAACAAUUUUCAAGACGAUAUACUCAAGCAUUUUCAUUUUUCUUGAGUGGCAUAGGAUGUAUUAUGGUGAACUUAAUAUCUACGGAUUAUUUAUGGAUGCAAUUAUUGUUGUUCUUGAGUAGUAAAUAUGCAAUCACCAUGGCAUUUAACAAUAUGUACAUAUUUACCGCAGAAAUGUUCCCCACCGAAAUGCGUAUGUCUCUGAUCGGCAUAGUUUCCAUGUUUGGUCGAUUGGGUCUCUUAUUCGCUCCUCAGAUGACGUUGUUGGGUGCCUAUUUUGGACAAUACAUUCCAAUCUUAUUGUUCGGAAUCAUAUCAACAAUGGCCGGAGCAAUGUCUUUCUUGUUUCCGGAAACAAAAGAUCAAAAACUACCUGACACAGUAAAACAAGUUAAAUCGGUUGAAGAAGUAAAUUAAUUAAUAAUUCAUAUAAAACUAGGUAUUUUAAAUGGUUCAUAAA